AAAACAACUAUUGGUUUAGCCUUACAAUUGUCGAUUAUUUGAGCUUUUAUUCUGAAAGUAAAUAUCACAACGUCCGUACAUUUCCGUUGACAGUAUUUGCUUUCGAUGAUAGUCUUUCGCUAUGUACCAGAUGAAUGCUUUUAUUUUGAAACCAGUUCAGAGACGCUAUUACCGUAAAGCUACUAUAAUCACGUACAGCAAAAAACUGGGUCGGACUUUGAACAAGUCGUGAUCGGGCGAGAGAAGCUAACGGCUGCUACUUUGUACCGGAUAUCGCUGGGUGGAAAACAAAUGCGAAUGUUUGUUGAAUAUUCGACCUGAAUCUGCUUCACUAAUAAACGUCAUGAGAACUUCACGUGACAACUGGCUAAUCUGAAUAAAUAGAACCUGACUGUUCGUGAAGAUCUUAUAUCUCCCUCCUCAGCACAGAUCUAAUUGAGAUGGUGUCUUCAGCACAAGAAACUCCGCCAAACACUCUGUCAAAAUGUUUUCUGUGAGAAAAGCAGCAUCUUUGUUGCUCUGCGUGAUCAGUGUCUGCAGAGGAAGUUCACGUUGUAUUCCAUCAUAUUACCAGGCGGGAACUGAGUGCUGUCCAAAGUGUUCACCUGGAGAGUAUGUAAGAGCAGACUGCUCGGAUGAAUCCAGCACUAAGUGUAAUCCCUGUGAAGACGGAACCUUCAACGAUGUUUUCAGUGGACUCAAACAGUGCUUGCACUGCACAAGCUGUGCUCCAGAUUCUGGCCUGAGGAUAGCCCGUCCAUGCACAAGAACACUGGAUGCAGUCUGUGAACCUCUGGAAGGAUUCUUCUGUAUAGAAUCCAAAGGCUUCUCCUGUGAAGCAGCAGAGAAACACAGACAGUGUAAACCAGGACAGUACAUCAGAGAUAAUGGAACAGCGUUGACAGACACAGUUUGCGCUGACUGCAGUGCCGGGACAUUUUCAGAUGGGACGUUCACCACUUGUCGGCCGCACACGCAGUGUGAAAACCUGCUCAGAGAAGGAACUGCUUUAGCUGAUGCUGAAUGUGGGGAAGGUGUUUCAAGCAUCAAUGUCACUGUUGUCAUCGUCGUUGUCGUCCUUUUAGUCGUUUUUUUAUGCACUGGUAUAAUUGCAGCUUUGUACUUCAGGAAGAAGAAAUGUUUAUCAGGCAAACGUGUAACUGUCCAAACACAGGGAGAGGAAAACAUCAUGAUACAACCACCAGUCUGAGCAGAAACAGUCAACACAGAGGAGAUGAUGGCAGGAGGAAGGACAGCUGUCUGUUCACUGCAGAGUGAAUGUGUUCUAACCUGCUGGGUGCUGUCACAUUUUCUUUGUAGAGUACAGAAAUUAAACUGCUGCUGUCUCUGUGAGACUGUGGGCAGCACAUCAGCCUCACAAUCAGGAUUUAACCGACAUUUGCCUCGGUGGCCCCCUGAGCAACAGAUUAUCCAAGGAAUGCUCCGUGAUAACAAGGAUUUCGGUAGAAAUUUUGCGGUUGGCUGUCUGAGACAACAGAGGCGGUUGACAGGAUGGUUACGGGCGUCCAGUGAAGCACCAAUGCCUUUCGCUUUCUUCAAAACAGACAAAUGCAAUGUGCUCCAUAUCAAGAAAAGUUUGUAUCUACACCAACAAACCUGGAAGAACAGAAAAACAUAUAGGAUUCAAUGCAGAAAGUACAACUCCAGCGAAAAGACGACACUACGGAAGCUUAUUGCUGCCAAACAUACAAAAAAAAGUGGAGUGCUCAAUAUUACGUUAUAACGAGAAACUAUCUCGUUAUUCUCUUUUUCUUGUAAUACUGAGCACCCCACUUUUUUUUGUAUGUGUGGCAGCAAUAAGCUUCCGUACAACGCUGACUGACGGCAAAGGUGAAACUGAAACUUGGAGCUUUUUUGUUCACCACUUUUAGUCGAGUUGUGACCAAAGGGAACCAUCGAUAAGGAAGUGUGGGGUAGAAGGGGUCAAGCUCUACUCGGGGCUCUUGGAAACUUUCAGUGAGGAAGAUGAAGGGAAGUUGAUCUGGGAGUUGACGACAGAAGAAUAAUGUGUCCCUGGAUCGUAAAAAGCACUCCACUGCAUUAUAAGGAUCAGAUAUAUUCAGUCUGUCAUGUUGUGCGAUAUAUCGGGUCGAUCUCCGUGGAUUUGUGCAUAGUUCAUAGUGAACUCUAAAAGGGUUGAAACAGUGCUGGUCAUUGUUGCUGCAUCUUUUCCUGCCAACAUGAAAGUUCAAAUGCCCUUUAAAGUUGUGGAGCCCAGACAAAAUGUCCCAGUGUAGACAGGUUUGCUUGCUUUUUGUCACACACACACACACACACCUCUGUUCGUGAACAGCGUUCUUAGUGAGGACAGUGUUGCACCUUAAAACUUAACCAUCACAAUGAAAUACCUUCCACCAAUUGUAACUAACCUUACAACAAAAUCAUAACCGUCAAAAAGACCCUGAAAGCAGUUCUCACAAGGUCAAAUCUUGUAAUAAAUGUAUGUUUAUGUUUUGUA